UCAAACACAUCCACUUUUUUCAUCUUUCCAUUACUCACAAAUAACAACCCCCAAUUAUUAUCAUCUCCAUCCACUUUUUCCUCACCGGAAAAUCUCGCCGCCGGCAGUUUGAAGAUAUUUAGAUUAUAAUUAUGGCUGAAGUUGUGUGCAAGACCAGCGUUUUGUCGCUUGGUAACGGGAUUAAUAGUAGUAAUUUUAAUCAGCAUAAGCGGUAUAGGCCUGGGAAUGUUUCGGUAAGAUCGAGGAGCUGUUUUUAUGGCCGGAGAGUCGUUGUUGCGCCGUCGAAUCGGGCGGUCGUUGUUAGUCCUCGCCGGAAAGCCUUGAAUGUUCAGAUGAGUAUUGGAAUUGCAAAAGCUCAAAGAUGGUGGGAGAAGGGGACUCAACCAAACAUGAGACAAAUCGAGGGAGCUCAAGACCUUGUCGAUUCUCUGCACAACGCAGGGGAUAAACUGGUUGUGGUUGAUUUUUACUCCCCGGGCUGCGGAGGCUGCAGAGCUCUUCAUCCUAAGUUGUGUCAAAUAGCAGAAAUGAACCCAGAUGUGCAGUUCCUUCAAGUGAAUUACGAGGAGCACAAAUCCAUGUGUUAUUCCCUUAACGUUCAUGUGCUUCCAUUCUUUCGUUUCUAUAGAGGGGCUCAUGGUCGUCUUUGCAGCUUCAGCUGUACCAAUGCUACGAUCAAGAAAUUUAAAGAUGCUUUGGCGAAACACAGUCCGGAUAGAUGCAGCCUGGGUGAACCCAAGGGGCUGGAGGAGAAGGAGCUUGUGGCGCUUGCUGCCAACAAGGAUCUCGCAUUCACUUAUACACCAAGGCCAGAGCAACCAAUUACUCCACCAAAAGAAGGGGAGAUCUUUACAGCCCCAGCAUCGACACCUCACACAAGCACAUACCCUCCACUUCCUCUUCCCCGCUCUCUGCAGAUGAAAACUAAUGAUGCAAGGGAUAAGACAUUAGUUAACUCGUGAAGUUAGUUGAUAGAGUUUUCGCAGCAAAAACCUUUGUACAGUUUCUCCUAUUGGUGUCUCACUGGUUUAAGGCCGAAAUAGUUAGCUGGAUGAAUUUAGUAGUAGUAUGUGUUGUGUUGUGUUGGAGUUGCAGGCUCAUAGGAUCUCUUUCUUUUUAACCGUUCCAGAUCCAAGCUGCAAAUGUAGUGAAACAGGAAGGUGCAUAUAAAUAUGUUAUGAUCGUGGCUCUCGCUGUUUUAGCUAUGAGAGCCUUUCGUUAUAAGAAAGGAUGUAAUAUAUAAGAGAGCAUCCUUUUAUUUGUA